AACAGGAGCCGCUGGCACUGAACGGAUCACCAUGUCCCAGGCUGCCUCCUCUGACGUAGACCUCUCCACGGACCCCACUCCUCCACCUGCCCAGCCCCACCAUGCUGAACCCGGUUCAGACGUCCCAGCAACCCUCACGCCUCCAUCGCCCCCACUGCAGCCUCCUUUAAUCCCCGAGAGUGUCGUGCUCCCACACUCCAACGAGGAGAUGGCCAAAGAGGACCAUGCCACUAAAACUGAUAUCUCAGGGGAAAGUCAGGUGGACCAACCAGAGCCUCCUGCUGAGAGUCAGGUGAUUGAAUGCGACCAACCAGUGAGCCUGGAGCCGGACAACGAGGCCACAGAGGAGGAUGCGGAGAGUUCUCUUCAUGAGCAAGAAAAAGGUUGGGGAGGCUGGAGUUCAUGGGGAAAAUCUCUUCUGAGCAGCGCCACCUCUACUGUGGGCCAGAGCCUGACCUCAGUUAAGGUGAAGGCAGGAGAGGCUCUUCGUCUCCACAGGACCUCAGUAGGAGAGGAGGCACAAGAAGAGGAGGACGGAGCAGAGGAGCAGCAAGAGGGAGGAGGCGAGAGUGGAGAGGCAAACAUGUCCAGCUCUGGGGAGUCGUCUUCUCCGAGUGCUGCUGCAGCUUCGAGCAGAGGAGUUUUCUCUACUAUCACACACGCUGUGCAAAACACUGGUAAGUCGGUGAUCAGUGGAGGUCUGGAUGCUUUGGAGUUCAUUGGAAAGAAAACCAUGAUUGUUCUAGCUGAAAGUGACCCAGGAUUCAAAAAGACCAAAACCCUGAUGCAGAAAACUGCUUCGCUGAGUCAGAUGCUGAAGGAAGCCAAGGAGAAGGAGAGGGCACGUCUGAGCAAUCAACCAAUCAGUGCACCAACAGCUCACUACGGUAUUCUGUUUGAUGACUACCAAGGUUUGUCGCACCUCGAGGCCCUGGAGAUCCUGUCCAAUGAGAGCGAGGCAAAGGUCCAAGCCUUUCUCUCCUCUCUGGCGGAAGAGGAGCAGGAGGAGGUGAAGAAGGAGCUGAUUUUCAUCAAAGAGAUUUUCAUCAAGCAAGAGGAGGAGGAGGAGGAGGAAGGACAAGAAAAAGAAGGAGAAGGAGAAGGACUGACGAAGGAUAACGGUGAUCUAAGUUCCCAAUUACACUGUUCUACCCCCUUAUCUGCUGACGGCGAAGAGUUUGUGAGUGUUCUCACUGAGCUGCUGUUUGAGCUUCAUGUUGCUGCCACACCAGACAAACUCAACAAGGCACGAAUGAGGGCCCAUGAUUGGGUGAGCGAGGUGGAACAGCCUGUCACUGCGGAGACAGUUGGCAGGGAAACGGAGGACCAGCCAGGAGGAGAGGCCUCGCCAGUGGAGAACAAAAAGGUGGAGACGAAGAAAGACGAAGAGGAGCAGGGGGAGAAGAAGAGUGAGGGGGAGGAUACAGAGGCAGGAGAGGGGGAAAAGAAAGAGAGCGACCCCAGAUCUGUAGAGGCUGUCUACCUGUCAUCAGUCGGCAGUCUGGCAGAAGUGACGGCUCGCAGUAUUGAGCAGCUCCACAAGGUGGCAGAGCUCAUCCUCCAUGGUCAGGAGCUAGAGAAACCUGCCAGAGACCAGGCUCACAUCCUCACCAGGCUGACAUGUGCCAUGUGUAAGGAGGUGGACUGUUUGGCCAAGAAGUUCUCUGAUACUCUGCUUCUUGUCGGGGGCCAGAGGAAAGCAGAGGACUUGAAUCCACUGGUCGAUAGUGUGCUGCUAGAGGGCUCCAACAGUACCAAUUACAUCCAUAAUGCAUUCCAGCUGCUGCUGCCAAUCCUGCAGAUCUCCCACAUCCAGAGUCAACACUGCAGACCCUCCACAGAUCCAGCAGCACAGAUACAACAUUAACACACACACAAACACACACACACACUACCUGCUCACCUGCUUGUCUUAAUGUAUCUAUUGUUGUACAGAAAACUAUAGAGAAUAGACAUUUCACAUUAAGUGCUUUUACCUACAUCAAGUGCCAAACAGUAGCAACAGACAGAAGAUAUUGUUAUAUAUGGCGAAUACAUAGAGAGAAUAUAGUCUUAAUGACAGCAAUUUAAUGAAUAGAUACAUCCAGAAGUGUCACACAUGCAGAAUGUUGGUGUGUCUCUACCACCUUGUAUCUCCAAAAGUUAUUUUGUCUGUUUUGCAGUUGAUAUUUUUACAUUAAAGAACCAAACGGUGUUCAGUUCAGCAUAACAAACAACAGAUAUCAUCUCCAAAAGCUGAACCCAAAAAGAAAAAUUACUGAUUGUACUGAAGGGACUCUACAUUAAUGUAUAUUAAGCUUUCUUUGCACUCUUUAUGAACCGUUGUGAUUACAGCAGAAAGAGAAUUGAUUAACACUAGAGAAGUGUUUGUUUAGUUUAACUGUUUUAAUCUGGUUUGAGACAAAAUGCCAGUAUUAUUAAUUCUACUCAGUAGUUUCUUGGUUGUUUUGUUUAUGUGUUAAAUUAUAUGAAGCAACACUACCUUACAUUUCAUUUACAUCUAGUUUGGUUUAAAAGUGUCCUUUUACCUUUUUGCUUCGAUUAAAGGUGCAACCUAAAUGAAUUCAUCUCUACUUAAUUGUGUGCAGUUGCACUCCAAACAGUAGUGCAACAUGAUGAGACUCUUGUUUAUUCUGUUUCUGCGAAGAAUUGGAAAAGUCAUACCACUUUAUGUACAUUAAACAUGAAGCUACAACUAGUUAGCUUAGGAUGAAGAAUGUAAACGAGGCGAACAGCUUGCUUGGCUGCAUGUGGCCCAAAAAUAGUGUGAAAUACAAAAUAUUAUUAACAAAAGUUUUAGUAGCUCCUGUAAAGCCACAAAGGGUCAUUUUGAAAUCAAUAUGCUGAAGUUGUUAGCAAAUAGUUUCUUGUUUACACAUCUAGCAGUUGAGGAGCAGCAUUACAAAUGAAGUGCAAUAUUCGUUCAUUGUUAGCUCGGUUUUUGGUCUCUGCCGAUUCGUGAGGGAUGCAUCUGGGUUUUAACUGCUGAAUAUUCUAUUAUUUUAAUCAGCUAGUUACUGGUCAAUGAGCUAAAACUCACUAUAAAGGUUUGUAAGGCCAAUUAUAGCUGGAAAUUCAGGUGCUAAUUCCCUACAAGCCACCUCUGCUAUAUUGUCACAUUGUUUUUACAUUGACAUUUCACGCAUAAUUGUUAUAAAUAUAUGAAUUGUAGUGGCUUAAAUACACAAGUUAUUUGGGUAAUAUGUCAACAUGUGAGCUUUACAGGUGUUGCUUGGGAAUUUUGUUUUGUUUUUUUGGACAAAGCCAAGCCAGCUAUUUCGUCCUCUUUCCAGUCUUUAUGCAGGGUUGCCAGGUCUGUAUGACAAAACCAGCAAAAUGUCUAAUGAAAACCUGAACAGUAACAAAACUCAAAACAUGCAGUGAUAGAGAGCUUUAUAGUACAGGGGUGGUGUCUUGCCAUGUGUGUAGGUGCUGAUCUGAUUUGGAAUCGGUUUGUCUAAUUUGCAUAUAAAUUAGUUAUUUCAUUCAAAAUGUGGAUUUGUAUUCAGACUGUAGAGAUAAUUCAUGUUAUUUCCAUGUAAUAUGGGUUCACCCGACCUGUGGAAAAAGAACUGAACACUUCAGAAAUGGCCCAAUUCUGCAGGAAAACCACAGACCUGGCAACCCAGUCUUGCUAAGUUGAAUCUUUUCUGGUGUUUCAUAUGUCGUGUCUUUUGUGGGAUUGCAGAUCAAACACUUUGAAGAAAACAUUUCAUCCAAGUAGAUGUUUUUUCAAAAUGUUGUCCUCCCGAUUCAAGCCUUAAACAGCUUUGCCAGGAUCUAAAUUUAUAUUCUUGUUGCUCCCCAGAGAUGCAUAUCACAACCAUUUUACAAUUUUUUCCCCCGUUUUCUUUGACCACUGUUUCUUGUGACUAUAGAGUUAGAUUGCUUCUUAGCUUCCAGCCCGCAGCUAUUUAGAUCUCUGAAAGAUAAGUACUCGUCUUACUUCUGCUUCUGCCCUUUCAGAGAUACAUUCGGCAGGCAAGAAAGCUAUUAAGCAAAGAAAAUAUUAGUCAGUCCUGUCAAAAUGUUUUGGCUCCUUUCAGCUGUAACCAGAUGGGGUGAGGCUGUUUAUCAGCCAUGUGUCUCCCUUAGAGCAAAAAAUGGUUUGUAUUGCAGACUGAAAAAUGUUUGAAGGCCUUUCAUUUAUUUAACUUUGGACAGUUUUGUAAUGUAUUAAGACUGUCUCCUAAUAACGUGCCCUAAGACUGUUUGAAGGUGUAAUGUUGAAAAUAAACAAGCUUUAACCAUC